GACCCGGACCCUGGUUCUGGAUCACCUGGAGCAGAGCUUCCAGGACCUCCUCAGCUCCGUGGUUACCAUGGUAACAGACAGGAAGGAGGCGGUUCAUUUGGAGCAGGACCUCCAGCUUCAGCACCUGAAACCCGAAUACAUUCGGACCCACAAAUACGAGCCCCGCCUGGCCGAGUUGCAGCUCCACCAGCAGCGUGUGGACGUCCACUGUCAGGAUAUGUUGGACGUUCUGUCCUUCUGCAGGACGGAACUGCAGCAGCUGAAGACGUCCAUCAGGGAUAAGAACCAGAACCUGUUCUUGACCCUGUCCAACAUGGAGGACGAAGUCCAGAAGACGAGCAGCACUGGACGAACGAGCAGCGUUGAACGUCUGGAGGCUGUUGGCUCUGCCCUGCAGGACUGUCUGGACCAGCACCUUAAAGACAUUCAGAGCUAUCGGACCAGUUUCAGGCAGAUGGUCCAGUCCAGGCUGGAGGAGACCAAAAGAAGAACAGCAGAGCUCCAGAGCUCCUUCAGGACGUUCAAAGAAGGAGGAGACUUUUCUCCUCGUGAGCUCAAGAUGUUCCAGAGGAGACUGAAGAAGGAGACCAAACGGACCAGUGAGACUGAGGAGUCCCUCUACUCUGAGCUGGAGGACUUUGAGUCCAUGACUCUGCAGCAGGUUCCCUGCUGUCUGUCCUGCAGGCAGCCAUCAGUAACCAGCAGCAGUCUGUGAUCAGCAGCAGGUUGGAGGACAUCAAGAGGACCAUGGAGAACAAACAGGUGUCUCCAGAUGAGGUUUGUUGUCUCCUGUCCUCCACUCAUGAAGACAUCUCAAAGCGCUGUCAGUACCUGGACUACAGUCUGAACUCUGCGGUUCAGGACAGCCUGGUUCUGUCGGCUCAUCCUGAAUCCAGGAAGCAGGUCAGACUGUCCACUCAAAGCGGGUCGCUGCAGCUGAGCAGAACCGGAGUGGACUUUUAUGAAGACCCUGUUGUUGGGGUGGUCCGGUUCUCUUUGGUCCAGGAUCCUGGAGCAGAAAACACUCAGAGAAGAAGAACACCAGCUGCUGGUUCUGUUUCAGCUCAGAGUUCGGUCCAACAUCAGCAGAUGAGCAUCAGCACCCAGAGGAAAGGCAGCAGGCCCGCCAGAACCGACAUCAGAACUGAGAAAAGGUUCCAGAUCUUUGGAUCCAAACAGGAAGCAGAGCUGAGCCCACAAUCUUUCAGCUCAACUCUGCAGUCCAUCCUGUGGACCACCAACGACACGGUCCUGCAGCUCUCUGAGGACUUUUAUCGCAGCAAACGUCUCAGCAGCUUCUUCCUGCUUCCUGUCUCUUUGGACCAAUGGGCUGAAAGUACGCAGCAAAGUCUUCUGGGAUACCAGGACCAGGCCAGGAGGUUUCUGAGUGAAAGCAAACAGGAGGUGGUGAAGCAACUGUCUGUGUUCAGGGAGCUCCUGAGUUUGUUUCCAGCAGUUUUAAUCAGUAACCACGAGCAACAGCAGGGGGCGUGGCUCAGAGAGGAGGUGGGCGGAGCCAGGAAGAAGCUGGAAGAGUUGAUGUCAGCCAGCAACAAGGAGAAGAAGCUGAACGUUCAUCAGCUGCGAGUUUCUCUCAGAGACCAGGAGCUGCAGAUUCUGAACUCCACAGAGGAGCUCAGACAGCAGCAGCUGCACAGCGCCAUCAUCAGGACACACCUGGAGCAGCAGGUGUGUAUGCGCGUCAGAGCGGAGGAGUUUGUGACAUCACUAGCCUCUCUGUCUGAAAAGCUGUUGCAUCAAGUGGACGAGCUGCUCACACCUGCAGAAACUGAUGCAGCGGUGAUGGACCACAGCUCUGUUACCAUGGAGACAGGAGCUGAAACAGGAAGUGAUCCCUGCAGAGGAAGCAGGACCUGGUCUGGGAUCACAUUCCUGUUCCCGCCCACCAAAGACUCUGCUGACUCAUCAUCAUCUGUUACCAUGACAACAGCCUCCAUCACUACAGCCACGAGCAGCCUGGAGCAUCAGGAGGUUAUAAAAUACAGAGACGCUGCUGUGGAGCGGUUCCAGCAGCUGCUCCAGUCGGAGACGUCUCGCUCAGAUGAGGACAAACGGAGACACCUGAGUGAAGAACACAGCUGGAACUCACACUGGAGACAAGAGAUACACACUCUGACACACAUCCGUCACACAAACACCUGACAGCUGAUUGGCUGUUUGCUGACGAACCACAGAAGAAGAACAACUUCCUGGAGUUUCCUGUGUAGUUAGAUUUAUCCACCAGCAGGGGGCGCAGACAGUUUAAUGUUGAGGGAAGUAGUUUGUUUGUUGUUUGUUUGUUUGUUUGUUUGUGUGUCUGUUGCUGAAACAAAACAUUUAUUUCACAAAAAACUCAAC